GAAACAAGAAAACUAAUGGCGCGAAAAUCGUUCUCGUCUCCGGUGAUUUUCCCGGCAGUUCUCGCCGUUUCGUUUGCUUUACUCCUCUUUGCUACUCACGUCGUAUCCGCCCAUGAUUACCGGGAUGCUCUCCGGAAGUGCAUUCUCUUUUUCGAAGGCCAACGAUCCGGUAAACUCCCACCGGACCAACAUCUCAAAUGGCGUCGCGAUUCCGCAUUGCUCGACGGCUCUACUGCCGGCGUGGACUUAACGGGAGGUUACUAUGAUGCCGGGGAUAACGUCAAGUUCGGGUUCCCGAUGGCGUUUACGACGACUCUAUUAGCUUGGAGUAUCAUUGAUUUCGGGAGGAACAUGGGCCCGGAGUUAAAGAACGCCGUUAAAGCCGUCAGAUGGUCGACGGAUUAUCUGUUGAAAGCAACGUCGAAGCCAGGAGUGGUGUACGUUCAAGUCGGAGAUGCGUACUCGGAUCAUAGCUGCUGGGAGAGGCCGGAGGAUAUGGACACGCUUCGCACGGUGUACAAAAUCGACAAUGCGCAUCCUGGUUCGGAUGUCGCCGGCGAAACCGCCGCUGCAUUGGCCGCCGCAUCCAUCGUGUUCAAGUCUCGUGAUCCCGCUUAUUCCAGGUUCCUCCUCAAUCGAGCCUUUAGGGUGUUCAACUUUGCUGACAACCACCGUGGCGCCUACAGCAGCAGCCUGGACGCUGCAGUUUGCCCUUUUUACUGCGACGUGAAUGGCUACCAGGACGAAUUGCUUUGGGCAGCUGCCUGGUUGCACAAAGCCUCGAGGAGGCGCGGAUACCGAGAAUACAUAGUGAAAAACGAGGUCGUAUUGAGAGCCGGAGAUACCAUUAACGAGUUUGGAUGGGAUAACAAGCAUGCUGGGAUUAACGUCCUCAUUUCCAAGGAAGUGCUGAUGGGAAAAGCCGAGUAUUUCGAGUCUUUCAAGCAAAAUGCCGAUGGUUUCAUCUGUUCUUUAUUGCCUGGAAUUUCUGAUCCUCAAGUCCAAUACUCUCCUGGUGGGUUGAUCUUCAAACCCGGAGGGAGUAACAUGCAGCAUGUAACGUCGCUGUCUUUCCUACUCUUGGCUUACUCUAAUUACCUGAGCCACGCCAAUAGGGUGGUGCGGUGUGGCGAAAGAUCGGCCUCCCCCGACCUUCUCAAACAGUUGGCUAAACGCCAGGUGAACUACAUUCUCGGAGAUAAUCCGCUAGGAAUGUCCUACAUGGUCGGGUACGGCUCGCACUUCCCUCGGAGGAUUCAUCACAGGGGCAGCUCGUUGCCCUCCGUGGCGACACACCCGGGUCGGAUCGGCUGUAAGGCGGGGUCGCCGUAUUUCUUGAGUCCGAGUCCGAACCCGAAUUUAUUAGUGGGAGCAGUGGUGGGUGGGCCUAACGUGUCGGAUGCUUUUCCGGAUUCGAGACCUUAUUUUCAAGAGUCGGAGCCCACAACGUACAUCAAUGCACCGCUUGUGGGAGUAUUGGCAUUCUUUUCAGCUCACCCUUGAAUUUCUCUGCCCUCUAAUGUGGAAGGAUGAUGAUGAAAUUGGAAGAGGGUGUGCGAGAAUCGGUCAC